AUGCCGCCCAAGAAGACGGAGGCGGCCUUGCUCGCAGACGUCGCAGAGCAUCGUCGGUGGGCGACUGCCACUUUGACGGCCCUGAGAGCACGGGGCGGCAUCGGCUUGAAGGCGAAGCUUCAGCAGAGGGCGGGGCUCGAGGAACAGCGGAUUUACAAGUGGUACGUGAAGCACGCGGGCGUCGCAUCUGAUCAUCCGACAGUUGCCGCUGCCCUGUCGGAGCUGGACGCCCUGGUCAAUGACUCCCUCGGCCCGGCAGCGUCGGCGUGCCCCGACGACGCCCCGCCGGCAAAGCAGAGGCGCCUGACCGAGAGGGGUGGCGAGGCUGCUGCCUGCGCGGCGCCGUUGCAGGGCGAGUCACGGCCUGGCCAAUCGACGCCGGCAGCUCGAGGGGUUGCCCCGACGGCUUGCUCGGCUGGACACGGCCCGGCGGCUGCAGCAGCGGCCAAGGCGUCUCCCGCUUCAACGCCGCCCAUCGGCAUCGAAGAGACCCCGGCGAAGAGGCCUCGCCUGUUCGCCGACGGGCUCGGUGCGACGCCCGCGCAGACCACCGGCGGCCUGACGCCUGCCACCGCGGAGGCCUUGGCAAGGUCGUGCCGCAAGAGCCCGUGGGAGUCCCCGUUGGUCGACGAUUCCGUGAGGCUUGCUCACCCAGGGAAUCCCGCGAGAGGUGCCUCGCGGCCCGUCGAGCGGCCGCGCUUGCGCCCGCGGGAAGAGGAGCGCCUCCUGGCGGCAGUGCCGCGGACAGCUGUGAAAGAUCUGUACGUGCACGUCCGCGAUGAGGCUCUGCGCCUAGGCAACGGAGAGUACCUCCCACAAUGGCGCGAGAACAAGCCAAAGUAUCGACAGCUGAACUACGUGUGGAAUUUGCACCAGCACGGCGAGCUCCAGGCGGCCGAGUACGCUCUGUUGGCGCACCAGCCUCACAUUAUUGGCCCAGAGCUCUUCGGCGCAGUGGAGAAGGUGGAGUGCCCCGCCGCAGUGAUCCCCUCGAGCAGCAGCGCCUGGCGGUGGACUUUCAAGCCGGCAGGAGUCGACGUGGAAGGACCGCAGGUGGAAUCUCGGGCCGACGCGGCGCGAGCCCUGGCCGGGCUGCAGGCGCGGCUGUACCCCGAGUGGCAUCACCCAGGCACUCGCGAGCAACACCUCCGCGCCCUGCUGCGCGACGACGACCGGCAGCAGCAGAUGCGCGGCCUGCUCGCUCAGCCUGGCAUGCGGUUCGCCAGAGCGGCCGUGCUGGGGGCAGCCGCGUCAGCGCCCCGAGACGGCCGCGCGGGCGCCGCUGGCUUCCCCAACCUGACAAACACGUGCUACAUCAAUGCCGUGGUGCAGUGCUUGUACCACACGCACCCCUUCCGCGCAGACAUCGAGGGCAUGCAGCCGGGCGCCAGCAACAUGGGGGACCGCCUGCGGGACUUGUUCUGUGCGCGCAGCUCCCCUGCUUCCACGGCCGGCGACAUUCGCCCGCCGUUGGUGGCCCUUGUCCGCCAGAUCUUGCAGCAGCCGCCAGGCUUUGAGUCCGGUCGCCAACAGGACGCGGCGGAGUGCCCGAUGCGCGUCCUCGAGCACGCGGACCUCGGAGGAGUGCGGCGCCGCGUCUGCGGGGACGGCGCAGCCGCGAGCGUCGAGGGCAUGGUGCACUGCUGCGCGGCCGAGGAGGCCCAGGUGGGUCGCGAUGCGCCGCCUGUGCCCAUGGCCGCCAUGAUCCAGGCGUCCCUCACGGGCGAGCAGGCCGUCCGUGAGGCUUCGGAGGCAGUGGUCCUCCGCGUGGAGAGCAUGUACGAACAGGAUGGCAGACAGUUCGCGGUGGACGCGCGGGCGGACUGGCGGGACACUGUCUUCCCCGUCAGCAUUCUCAACGGAGACGCCGUUUCUUACGAGGUGGCGGCCUUCGCGCAGCACCGCGCCGCGCGCGGCGCACCACCUCUGCAGCGGAUGCGCGGCGGCCACUACGUCGCCUACGUCAACAAGGGCGGGCGCUGGUUCGAGCUCGACGAUGCCGUCGUGACGGAGCUGCCUGAGCCGCCUGACGCGUAUCCGUACUUGGUCUUCCUGGCCCGCGCGAGGCCCAGACGGUCGAUUCCGAUGGGCGGGAAGCGGCGCGACCCUCGUGGGCCUGACGACUCUCUGGAGGCUGCUGCCAGGCUGUCGCGAGUGAUGCCUGCGGCGUCGGGAGGGGCCGCUGCUGGCUUAGCAUCCGGAUCGGGCAGCGGCAGCCGCGGCUUGCCACAGGCUGCAGGCUCAGCGGCUGGUCAAGGCCGGACAGGCAGGGACUGGGGUGGCAGAGACCAGUCUGGUAGAGACGAGACUGGAAAGGACCAGACUGGUAGGAACCGCAGCGGUCAGCCAAGGGGCAUUGCUGGAGUGCACCCAGCUGCCAGGGCCGUCUGGAACGCUUCAGCUGCCGCCGACAACAGAGACCACACCCGGGCAGACCCCGAGAACAGCGCGGACAACCCUUUCAAGCGGUACGUGGAUAACUGGGAUCUGCGACGCACCAGCGCAGAUGUGAAAUGCCGCACCUGGUCGCAGAGGGCCGAGCCGUCGGGCCCCCAGCCGUGCCGGCUCUGCCAGGGCCGAGACUUCGCGUUCCGCGAAGAUUGGAAGAAGCACGUGGACGACGAGCACGGUGGCGUCCAGCGCUACCGCAACGCUCUCUUCUCGUCGCUGUCGCUGAAGCCCUAUGUUGUCAAGGGAGAGGAGUGGCGCGCGAUCGUGGCCAAUUAUGCGGAGUUCUACGCCAGGGCCGCCGUGGACUGGGAGAAGCCGACUGAGCGCAUGCGUGAGCUCGCUCAGACUCCCGAGGGGUUGUCUGCAGAUGAGCGCUGGGCGCCCCGGACCCGCUGUGCGUGCGUCUUCUGCGCCAGGGUGCACUGGUCCGAGGACCUCUCCUUGGAGUUCCUAGCAGGCAAGGACUGCUUCAUGAAGAACCCCGAGGCCGUGGCCAAGCUGUUGUCUUGGGAGGUUUACCACAAGCACUGGCCCGACAUCCCCGAGGCCGAGCUCCGCGCCUCCGCCGUGCGUCUGCGCAUUGGGAACACGGACACAUUCCAACUUGUCCUCAUGCACAAGCGGCGGGUGACGGAUGCGCAGGCGUUGGGCGACGAGCGGGCCCCGGUGUGCGAGGAUUGCCUGUACGCGUUCUCCCCCCGCCACCCGCGCAUGUGCAAGUUCACCUUCGCUAACCACUUGUGGCUCGGCAAGAAUGACCCGCUCUUCCGCAAUGCCAACUUGUCGCACCAGAUGCUCCUCGCACUCGCCCGCGUCGUGACGACCAAGGUGGUGCUGCGCCCCGAGAGCUACGACAAGCAGCGCAGCGGCGACGGGCCCACGUGGGACUUCCUCUUCCACCAGACGGGCAUGGUGGGCUCCGCAAUCCUCUUCGGGAACGCGUCGUGCAAGGAGGCCAUGGAGCGUUUCCCUCCGGCUUCCAUCAAGGACGCCUUCGCGGUGACUUUCCUGGCAGCCAAGCAGGACGCGGCGAAAGAGCAGCCGCCAGACGGCUCGGAGAAUGCAGCGGGACAGUGGCGCCGCGAGGGUCUGGCUGGCGACGCCGCCAGGCAGCAGGACGCCGCCCGGCGCGCCGUCCGGGGCAUCGCGCGCCUCAAGGUGAACCGCGCAGAGUUUGACUCGCAGGCCCAAGCGCUGCAGUCCACGAACGUCGUCUACAAAGACAAGGAUUACGACGAGGAUUCGCCCGGCGCCGUCGUGGCCGCGGGACCAGCCGACGCCACGGCGGCCGGGGCGCAGGAUAUGGAAGACGCAGACGUUCAGGCGUGCAAGGAAUCCCGGUACGUGAGCGCGUUCAGCGAGGAGGACAUCCUGGGCGCGGCCGCCUCGGCGGGGGCCUUGGAGGUGACGGCGCUGAUCAAGCAGCUGGAGGAGCUGGACGCGACAGCGCAGCGCUCCGUGGCCAAGGAGACAGAGCACGCCAUCGAGUCAGGCAGCGCGCUGCUGGACGAGGCGGGCAGGGAGCGAGUCUUGCAGCUCUGCGAGUCCGUUCGAAACCGCGCUGCUCGGUUGUCGCGCCCGGAGCGGGAGCUGCGGCUGCAGGAGGACCUCGCGCGCGCCGCGCUGGGCGAACCGGUCAGGCCUCGACAGGCGGGGGGGGCCGAGGCGACCAUGGCGAACCUCGAGGUGACGCGCGGCACGGCGCCCCUGUCGCUGUUCGAUUGGAAGGUGUGGACGCAGGCGCGCCCGAGCCUGUGGCGCUACGGCGACGCCGGUCACCUGGGCCCGAAACGAACGGGGACCUACCCGCAGUUGCUCGCCCACGAGUGGAUCACGUGCCUGUGCAUGCGGGAGGAGAUGGAGUACACUCUGGACACCGACGAGGAGAAGCCGCACCGCGUGCGGGAGAACGACGACGAUCCAGAGGUCAACCGGUUCGCGGCGGACUGGGUGUCGUUGCACAUGUUCGCCACGUUGCACUUCUUGACGGAGCGCCACCAGUCCGCCUUCGCCUUCCUGAAGAACGGAGGCAUGAAGUGGGCCGAGAAAGUGCAGCACCUCACGCCGGAUGCCCUGGCGGCGGCCGCCCGCGCUCACGCGGGUGGCGGCGGCGUGGCGGCUUUGGCAAGCAACGCCAACGUGCCGAACGUGGUUCGGGACGCCCUGAACAUCAUGCAGAUGGCCGUCGCGGACGUUGUCGGCACCGACGGACAUCGGCGCCUCUGCCGCCACGAGGGGGUACCCUACAUGGCGCUCUUCGGGUGCCCCUUGGUCUUCGCCACCCCGAACGUAGCGGACACGAAGCAGCCACUGUUCGUCAGGGUGGAGGGCCAGGAGAUCCCGCUCGACGACCGGAGCAUUCCAGGCCUGCGCAGCGACGUCAUCCCAAAGUACCGAGACAUGAUGCGGCGCGUCGCCCAGGACCCGGUCGGCCAGACCGUGUGCUUCGAGCUCAUCAUGCGCCUCUUCUUCAUCCACGUCCUCGGCGUCCGCCCCGAGUGCGUGGGCGGCCGCCGGCGCGGCGUUCCUCCCAGGAAACGCUGCUGCUGGGACUGGUGCACCGACGGCGUGGCGGCGUCCUCGACCGCCCCGGGGAUCUUUGGGCCCGUGCAAGCUUUCCGCGGAGAGAUCGAGGCGCAAGGUCGGGGAUCGCUCCAUCCGCACAUCCUGGUGUGGUUGUGCGCCCUCUCGACGCGGCAGCUCGUGCACGUGCUCCGACGCCAUCCUGCCGCUUUCCGAGAGCGCCUGGGCAAGUGGAUGAGGGCGUGCGUCAUGGCCGUGGAGAGCACCUGCCAGAGUUCCGUAGAGGUGUUGCCGCGGCGUUUCGGGCACGUCGACCAGCGCGUGGACCCGCUGCCUUUCUCUGUCAUCGAACGAGACCAGUCGCGCUUCGACGGGGGCAGCGAGCUGGACGCGCUCCGCGAAGAGAAGCAGGCGGGCGCGGAGCUGACCGAGGACCAGGAGACCUUCCUGGAGACCGAGGACCGGGACUCCUGGCUCUGGCCCGAUCUGCCGUUGCGGGACGCCACAGGCCGCGAGUUGGCGCCGGGGGAGAAGGCACCGCCGCGGCCGUCCUCAUACGGCAUGCCCAUCGAUACUUUCGCCGUGGGGAAAUGCCCCGCGUACCGGCGGCGCGGCCUCGUGCAGCAAGACACCGGAGCGGGCGAGCCGGCGGCCCGCGGGGUUGUCCCAACGGUCUGCUCGGACGCGCCCGCGGCUCAGGACGUCCGGGAGCUCGCCAAGGAGACGAUGACGCACGUGUGCGGAGAGAGCUGCUACAAGUACUCGGGCAACAAGACCACGAAGAUCUGCCGCCACGGCUUCUACUACAUCGUCACGCUUGCGGAUUGGCGCAGGCGCAGGCGAGGGAAGCCUCUGCGGAACGCCAUGUUCGUGGUGCGAUCCUCGACGCACGGCAUGCAGGGUCGUCUGUUGCACUUCCAGCUCCACCCGUCUGAGUGCAUUACCAACUACGCCGGCGCCGCGGCCGGGCGCUUCAACCUAGACGCGCAGGACCUCCGACGAGUCAGCGACCCCAAAGCGUGGUUGGACGAGGGCGAGGUGCUCCCGCACGUCGGCUCGCAACCCAAGCUGGGGUACAUGGGCACGCACGAGCUGGGCGAUGCCGACGCUUACGUCAACCGCCCGGAGGUUCCGGAGAAGCCGCUCGCGUGGACGGACGACUGCUCGCCGGAGGAGUGGCGCGACAUUAUGCUGCAGUGCCAGACGGAGAACGCGGAGGGCGAGGGCGCGGAUGACGUGGACGCCGCGGACACCUUCGCGGACCAGCUGGAACUGGAUGCCCAGGCAGCGUUCAGCGACGGCCUGAACACGGGCUUCUACAUCAACUCCUACACGACGAAGCAGUGCCCCAGCAUGGAGGGCGUCCUCGUGGAGAUGCGGCGCGGCCUGGAGCGGCUGCAGGCGCAGCGACAGGCGCAACAGGACAAGAUGAAGCUGGAGCUGCAGCAGCGAGGAGACGACCCCGAGAAGACUCUGUCCGCCGCCGACCGGAGAGCGCUCGGGGGUAAGUCCAAGUUCGGGGAGACGCUGGAUCUGGUGAAGAAUCUGUCCGCAUCGCACCGCCGAUGCUACUGGAAGAGCGGGCCAGAGAUGCUGUUCCCGAUCUUCUACGGCCACCUCACCUACGCGUCCCACCGCUGCUGGGCGAUCUUCAUCAAGAAGGGCGUCUUCCUGGCGGCGGAGGCGCGGCGACGCGAGCACGGGCGCUCUCUCCGGCACAAGGCCAAGCAGGACGGGGGCCGCGCCCCGGUGCAGUACCUCGGGCGCGGCGUCGACCCGCACACUCUCGAGGGGUGGCGCGAGGAAAAGGACGACGACGGGCAGGCGGUGUACGUGAGCCCGGAAGGCCAGCGCUUCCCGGAUAUCCUGACGGCCUACGAGCACGACGUCGCGACCAAGGCGGCGCGCGACGCGCCCGAUCAUCGCCAGGUGGUGUCGUUCCUGGCGAAGUUCAUGCAGGACAUGGGCUGCGAGAGCGAGGAGGCCCCGAAGACGGGGGGCGGCUUCCGCAUCGUGAGGACCACGAGCACUCUGGACGACUGGCUGCACCGCGGCGACGACCCGGUCCUCAAGCACAUGAGUUUGCAGGUGUACGCCAUGUGGGUCUACCGCUGCGAGAAGCCCGACGGCCUGUGGCGAGACAAGACCCGCGCGCAGCACCUGGACUUCGACUUCGCGCCGCACUACGCGCUGUGCGCGACCCACAAGCAGCGCCUGGCCCCCGAGCUCCGCGUGCCCCUCUUCGAGGGCUUCACCAUGCCGACGAUGAACAAAGACUGCGAGACAGCAUGCUUGUACAAGCAGUUGCUCCUGAGGCCGUUGGAGGUGGAGAACUCGGAGACGCCGGAGGACGAGCGCAUGCUGCGGGCGUUCGCGCCCCUGAUGGAGGCCCCCGGCGCGCCCCGUGACAUGAAUGUGCGCGGGUCAACCUGUUUCACGCGAUCUUGGGCGCACUACGAGGCUCGGGCGGACGCGGAGGCCCGCGUCGCCGCGGCCCGCUUCCUUGCGCGGCACGAGUGGCCCUCGAUCUGGGAGACACAGGAGGUGCAGGAGGAAUUCUUCGCGCUGCACCAGGCGCGAGCGGAGGGUAAGGGCGCGGAGGGCGACUCGCUGGACCCCGCCCACUGCCCCGACAGAGAGAAACCCAGGGCGACGGUGCACCAGUACGUCUCCAUGAUAGCCAUGCAGGUGGCGCCCAACCUCGAGGGAAUCGCCCUGGCGCGCGAGGAGAAGAAAGCCCGGCAGUACCAGAGCGACGCAGCAGUGCAGAGCGCGUACCUCAAGGCGACCACCGGUGGAGGUGCCGGUCAGGACGAGGGCGCCGAGGCGGGCGAGGGCGUGGAGUACCCGGGCGCGCCUCCCAAGCGUGUCGGAGCACACUUCCAGCCGGUCCCGACGUGGGGCAUCGACGGGGAGCAGGACAUGGCGGACGUGCUGAACUUCGCGCACCGUAAGCGCCUCACGAGGUUGGCCAAGGAGCUCCUCGCGCUCCCGCGCAUGUCCGAGGCGGCCCGCGAGGGCGCGGGUGCGCCCGAGCCGACGGAGGCCGCGACUGCUCCCGCGCCCGCGGCCGGGUACCGACCGCUGGUGACCGCGGCGCGCGAGGAGAGACACGCCUGGGAAACCUGCACGACGAACGCCUCCAGGACAAUCGCGACGAGGAAGAUGCAGGCGCUCCGGACGGCGAGGACGCGGGCGCAGGCGGCCUGGGCGGCGACCCCGCUGCGGCCAGUUUUGCCAGCAGCGUGUACUCAACGCCCAGCGCGCACAUCGCCGCCCUGGUCGCUGGGUUGCCGGAGAACGAGAGACUCACGCGGGACCAGACGCUCUUCGUCGCCAAGUUCGCCAAGGCCUGCGACGACGCCUGGGAGGACGACGUGCAGAAGAAGCCCUGGAGCGAGAGAAAAGUGA